AUGUUUUUCAGUGGUCUAGAGUUAGCUUUCUUGCAUUUUACUUUGCACACAUCUAAAGACACAUACUCUUGCCUGUCUUUUUCAGUUGAAACUGUUGCAGCAGCAGCUGCAGCUGUAUGUGAGUUGGCCUGUUUUUUGAUGUGCACUCUUCUGGUGACACUGGCCUGUCUUGUUUCAGAUUAUGAUAGGAUGCAGAGGAGGAAUGUGAGUUGGCCUCGUUUUUGA